CCAAAUUUACUGUAACGUUGUAAGCGUACGUACUGUACUGAUUUGAAGCCGAACUCAUUUCCGCGACUCCGUUGUCAUUGUCAGAGAUGGUUGGAAUCGUUGUGACGUUACACAAUACGAAGUAAUAGUUGUGACUAAAGAUACGCAAACUACAAUCAAGAGCAUUCAGUAUAAGGAACUAGAGUGAAUCACGCUGAUCGAUCGAAUUGCACAGGAUGGGGCAGUACAACAACAAGAAAUUCGGCCAGACCAUGAAAAAGUCGAACAAAUCAUCGGGGGCAUCUCGUUAUCAACGUCAGUUCGGCCAGGGGAACCAGCAGCAGCAGCUGCAAAGCGAAAAUAUCUCUAAAGCCGAAGAGGCAGCUGCCCGACGUCGUGUGCGCCAAGAGCAGAGCGAAAGAAUUGAUUCGAAGUUUGGAUACCAUCGUCUUGAGGAUCAGUUUCAAGAACGGCAAAAUGAUUUGGCUCUUAGAGCAGAAGGCGGAGAUGGCGCAGCUGUUAACAAGCUGACACAACGUCGAGGUUGGCUAUUCAACAUGGCAGCAACAACGGUACGUAUUGGACCUAACUAAGACCAGUAGCGAUGGCAUGAAUUGGAUCGGACACUCCAUUUCAUUACGAAAUCUUGCUGUACCUAAGUCCGGAUCAAGUCUUUACUGCGCCAUUGCAUUCGGGUUUUCCUAUAUUAUGUUGUUGUAUGCGAUUGUUUCUCAAAACUUAUACUGUAUUCAAUGAUUUCCCUCCAACUUAGAGAAUCGAUUCCAGCAGCGGAGAUGAAUUGUCGGGCUUGGACUUGUAUUUCGUCGACAGCGAUGGAGGAAACUUUAAGACCACUGUGCUGCAUCGUCCGUACUUUUUCCUCUUGACCAAAAAAGAAGACGAAACUUUGGGGCAGCUGUUACUAAAGAAGUUCGCCGGUGUCCUCGCUCACGUUGAGCAGGUUGCAAUGAGAGAUCUUGAAGCACCCAAUCAUCUUUCUCCGAAGCACACACACCGAAUGGUAUGGAAACUCAUUUUCCAAAACGUUUCUCAACUCAUGGACGUUAGAAACCAGCUUCGAGACAUGCUCAAAUCCCAGGAAAGCAAUACCAACAACGAAAAUGGGAAUGGGUAUGGUAACAACGAAAGCGUGGACAUAAACAGCAUUUUGUCGUCACAGGACUCGGGGCGUGUCUUGGACUCGUGGACCAACAUUCAAGAACUUCGGGAAUACGAUGUUCCUUACGUCGCCAGAGUAUGCAUGGACAAUAACAUCCGUGCAGGAACAUGGUAUACCGUCACGUUGGAAAAAACUGAUGAUGCGAGCCCACCUCACCCUGUAUUGUCCGAUCCAGAUAUCGAAACCAAAGCAACCCCCCGUGUACUUGCUUUCGACAUUGAGUGUAGCAAGGCACCCCUCAAGUUUCCAAAUGCUGAUGUGGACGAGAUCUACAUGAUUUCUUAUAUGUGCUCGGACGGAAAAGGAACGCCACAGGGUUAUUUAAUUACGUCCCGAUCUAUCGUCUCUGAAGACAUUGCCGACUUCGAAUAUACUCCUAAGCCCAAGUAUCCCGGGCCCUUCAAAAUAUUCAACGAAAAAGACGAAAAGGCCUUGAUUGCAAGAUUCAUCACAGAGUUCCAAAAGUACACUCCGCAAAUUGUUGUCACUUUUAACGGUGACUUCUUUGAUUGGCCUUUUUUGCAGAAGCGAGCCAACAGCUACGAUAUUGACUUGUGGACGGAAAUUGGUAUUUGUAUGCUUGGCGGAGGCGGUGGAUCUGAUCAAGAGGGGGAAUUUCGUGGGAAGUGUUGCGUUCACAUGGACGCAUUCUCUUGGGUUCAACGAGAUUCGUAUCUUCCCCAAGGAUCACAGGGUUUGAAAGCUGUGACUAAGUACAAGUUGGGAUACGAUCCCGUCGAAGUCGACCCAGAAGACAUGCUUCCUAUGGCAAUGGAACGACCCGUACACAUGGCGACAUACUCUGUAUCCGAUGCCGUGGCGACCUACUAUCUGUACGAGAAAUAUGUUCACUUGUUCAUUUUCAGUCUGUGUACUCUUAUUCCAUUUGGGCCUGACGAUGUAUUGCGCAAGGGAUCUGGAACGCUCUGUGAAAUUUUAUUGAUGGUACAGGCAAACGAUUUGGAUAUCAUCUGUCCAAAUAAACAGGUCGAUCCCUUGGCGAAAUUUCACAAAGGGCACUUGUUAGAGAGCGAAACUUAUAUUGGUGGAAAAGUCGAGUGUUUGGAGACUGGUGUUUAUCGCAGUGAUGUUCAGUAUGAAUUCGAUUUGGUUCCCAGCGCGUUCCAGCAGCUUAUCGAUAAUAUCGACAGAGAUUUGUGUUUUGCCAUAGAAGUUGAGGCGGGAAUUGAUCGCUCCGAAAUUACAAACUACGAAGAAGUUCGUUCGAAGAUUAUCGAAGCUCUUGAGCUAUUGCGCGAUCGACCGAAGCGAGUUGAGAAUCCUUACAUUUACCAUUUAGAUGUGGGUGCGAUGUAUCCAAACAUCAUUCUCAGUAAUCGACUGCAACCGAGUGCCAUCGUUGACGAUGCGACAUGUGCUGCCUGUGAUUUUAAUCAAGCAAAGAAUGACUGCAAACGUCGGAUGGAAUGGGUGUGGAGAGGAGAUUAUAGUCCAUCAGGAAAACAAGAAUACAAGCGAAUAAAGGAUCAACUCUCGCGUGAGACAAUGGCAGACGGGCGUCACUUCAAAGAUUUAGCAAGUAACGAACAGGAGCAAAUGGUUGCAUCUAGAUUGAAGGAGUACUCGAGAAAUGUAUACCGACGCACAAAAAUUACGGAAGAGGUUACUAGAAAGGACAUCGUUUGCAUGAGAGAAAAUGACUUUUAUGUUGAAACAGUCCGUCGAUUUCGUGAUCGAAGGUAUGAUUACAAAAAGAUGACGAAAACGUGGAAGAAAAGAAUUGGGAGUGCAUCUGAUGCUGUGUCAAAGAAAGAGGCUGAAGACAAGGCGCUUGUGUAUGAUAGUCUACAAGUCGCUCAUAAAUGUAUUCUCAACUCAUUUUACGGUUACGUGAUGAGAAAAGGAGCAAGAUGGAGGUCCAUGGAAAUGGCAGGAAUAGUGACAAAAAAUGGGGCUGAUCUUAUUACUCAAGCUCGAGUUCUAGUCGAGCAAAUUGGUCGGCCUUUGGAGUUGGAUACUGAUGGUAUUUGGUGCAUUCUUCCAAAGAGUUUCCCAGACAUAUACACAUUCAAGGGCCGAGACGGUUCAAAGCUGAAGCUUGAAUAUCCCUGUGUUAUGUUGAAUGCUGAUGUUCAUGACAACUUUACAAACCAUCAAUAUCAAACACUGAAAGAUCCGAAGCGAGGCGUGUAUGAAACCAGAAGUGACAACUCCAUCUUUUUCGAGGUCGACGGCCCAUACAGGUGUAUGGUAAUUCCCUCUAGUACUGAAGAAGGAAAGCUGUUGAAAAAGAGAUACGCCGUUUUCAAUUUUGAUGGUUCUCUCGCAGAACUCAAAGGAUUUGAGUUGAAGCGUCGAGGAGAGCUUGAGCUGAUCAAGACAUUUCAGUCACAGAUUUUUGAGCGUUUCCUUGAUGGUAAUUCGCUAGAGGAAUGCUACGAUAGCGUUGCCGAAGUUGCCAAUCAUUGGAUUGACGUUAUUGAUACCCGUGGGGAGUCUCUUGACGAUGAUGAACUUGUAGAAUUGAUUAGUGAGAAUCGCAACAUGAGCCGUCAGCUUGCGGAUUAUGGGGAUCAGAAGGGAACUUCCCAAACGACUGCACGUCGUUUAGGUGAAUUCUUGGGGGCAGAAAUCAUCAAAGAUAAGGGAUUGAACUGCAAAUUUAUCAUUGCGGAACAACCGUAUGGUGCACCGGUAACUGAGAGAGCAAUCCCCACAGCUAUCUGGAAGGCGGAGCCUGCUGUUAUGAGACAUUUCCUUCGAAAAUGGUUAAAAUCACCGGCUAUCGAUGGCGAUGGUUUUGAUAUUAGAAAUAUUCUAGACUGGGACUACUACAUGGAAAGAUUGGCGAAAAAUAUUCAAAAGAUCAUAACAAUUCCAGCAGCGCUACAGAAAGUUCGAAAUCCCGUCCCUCGGGUUUCACAUCCAGCAUGGCUUCUUUCUAAAGUACAGCAGAUGAAUGACAAAUACCAGCAGAAAAGCAUUCUCUCCAUGUUUGGUAGAAAGAAGGGAAUGGCACAAAUUUCCAAUAAUUCAAAUGAAUCGAUUCCUCCAGUCCCAAUGGAUAUUGAAGAUAUUGUCAGUGGGUCUGUCCCUAGCAAAGUAGGUCGUCCUGUAGUGCAUAAGACGAAGCGUCCCAGUCAACGAACGUUAAAGGAAAUAACCGAAGCUGACGAAAAUGAACAAAUAGAGGAUGAAGAUCGAAUUGAACUAACUAACGGAGGGGAUAACUUUAGCAGCUGGUUGACUCAGAAAAAGAAGCUGUGGAGAAAGUCUCGGAAUCAACGGAAAAUUGCUCGAUUGACAGACAAUCGAGAAAGCCAAUCAAGUCAAACUGGAACCCAUUCAAAGAAGUCUAUGUCGACCUUAGAAGACUUUGUUAAAGAGGCAAGCUUGCAUCUAAGCCAGAAAGAAUGGCAAAUAAUUGAGCUCAGAGAGAUGACAUCACACGAUACGGGCAAGAGAAAGAAGUCUUCGUCUGGUGAAUUUAUCGCGUGGGUUAUGGUGGGUGGCUCUCUGAGAAAAAUACAAAUUUCAGUCCCCAGAACAAUCUACAUUUCGACAACUACAGAAGUCUGUUGUAAUUUGAAACAAAAAAUUGACUUCAGAAAGGUCGAUAAACAUCUCCCUCACAGUAAGAAUGUUCAAUUCCUUUAUGAGUUGACGAUGCCUGAAUUUGUUUACACGCAGUCGAAUUGGACAUCAAGUAUCGUUCCUCUUGACAAAAAUUUCGAAGACCGGAAAAAAAUCUUGAGGGAGGUGUAUGAAACUAGUGCCCCCUUGAUGUCGAAGCUUUUAUCACAGCUUGGCUCCAUUUCAAAGUUUUCCCAAGUUAAUGGUUCAAAGAAAAACAAAAAAUCUUUUAACUUGCGGGAUCUAAAAAUGGUGAAUAAACCAACUGAAGGGUAUUAUCUAAACAAUACGCUCACAUACAAGCGUUGCUUUCUCUACGUGAGAAUAAAUCCGACAUCGAAGACAGGAUUGGUAGCCUUAUUCACUAUCGAAGGAGGGAGUGGCAAACAGAGGGUUGGAGAUAAUGAUCUCACGGUACCUAGCAAAUCUGGAAUUGACUCAUUCGACAUCAGUACCUCAUGCCAGCUGUGGAUUGUAAGACCUGGAUCUAGUAUGGGGCAGAAAAAUGUAUCAAAAAGGCAGGCUAGCGAGCUUUUCUCGGAAUUGCUUGCAACUAUUACAAUUGAAGAAGAUGACUUCGAAUCUGAGUACUCUUGUGUAUCGAAGGCAAGCAAGUGUGACAUAACUGAUUUGACUUUUGUUGACGAGGAAAAUGUGGCUUAUUCUACUGCCAAUGAAUCUGUUAACAAGUAUUUGCAGUCCAACAGUGGUCAGACCUUCAUGGUUGUUACCAGUAGUCGAUCACUCACCCACCUACGAAGAUUCAUUCCCAGUCUGAACUCGUUGCCAACUAUUUCUUCACCCUUCCCUCCUGGUCCCGAGCAUAAUCCUGUAGCUUCUUCUCUUCCUGCACUUAAUUGGGAGCAACCAAUUGUUCAACGUUGCCUUGAGGCUUACUUGUACAUGAGUGUAGUUUCGUUCCCGAAAAGAGUGGAAUAUGCGAGGUAUGGCAAUUUGCCGAUUGGAAAUCUAGGCGAUGAGGAGAACUUAACCCUUUAUGAUUCAAGCCUGAAUCGAAUGAUAUCCAAAAACCGAGCAGUCUCAUGGGCUAGCACUGUGUCGGGGCAACCAGACUUGGGAGCUUCAUUCUUCCCCUCUUCGGAUGGAAAGUUCAGACCUUCAAUCCAACUAGUGGGGUCAGAUGGCGUCAACAGUGAAGAUAUUUGGAGCGACGAAAACGAGCUUCUGAGCCCAGUUAUCCGCCGCCCGGGCUCUUAUCGGACGCUUUGUGUUGAUAUAGAUUUGCAGUAUCUUGCAAUUGCAGCACUUACUGACACCGCAAAUUUGGCAAUCAAUACGAGAGUGAAGAAUGAUUUUGGUUCUCCUACCAGUGUGAUGCAAUCUGAAAGCUCCGGGGGAGCGUUUAAGUUGUCUGAACCGCUUGGUGAUGAAAUGUCAACUGCCACAUCAUUACCUAUGGUCAGGGCACUGGUGGAAGGUUGGCUGAGAGACGCAUCUAAAUCCAACAGCUCGGUGGCUGACUCCAUGUUACACAAUAUCUAUCGUCUUAUCUCAAGCCCCGAGGCACUGAUGCACGACCCGGCAUUACACCGUGCUUUGCACUCUCUAAUGCGUGGAACCUUUAUGCGCCUCUUGAGAGAGCUUCAACGCCUUGGGUGCAUUAUCGUGUAUGCAAAUUUCCACAAAAUUACUGUGGCUACUAACAAGUCAUCCCUUGAAGAUGCAGAAGAAUAUAUUAACUUCGUAAUUUCAACGAUUCGGAGCCAUAUUGGAGAAAAUGGAGAAAGUUCUUCGGGACUUGCGCGUGUAGAGCUUCGGCCAAGGCAAUAUCACACUCAUUUGCUUUUCAUGGAUGAAUACAACUUUGGAACAAUGCAGUUGAAUCGUGAAUACAAGGAUGAUGUCAGGGGGGGCUUUCUUAUUGAAGAUGACUCCAACCAAGAGGCAGUAGUUGUCCCAUCUGUUGUCACAGCAUGGAGUUUGAUGAAUUACAUGGGUAGCGAAAUUGCAGAGGAAUAUUUUAGAAUUAUUGUUGGUAGAUUUUCCAGGGAUGUACUGAAGAAGGAAACGGAGUUGAGAAAUAAGAAUGGAAAUGUUGGUUUGCCUUCUCUCUUCGACAUGGAGUUGAACGAGGAGGUCUUGGCCUACAAAAAGAAGAUGAUUUCUAAACWAUUUGCAUCUACCCUUACGCGAGCAGUGGGCGAAAUUGUAAAAGAGGAGGAAGACAAUAGAAACAACGACAAUGAUUUGUCACGUAGGAAUCUCCUGACGUCAAGUGAUGGUGCAAACAACUCAAUGUUGGAAUUUGUGAAGUCCGUGAUUGCAAUCCUUGAGCUUGAUGAUGAAGUAGGCAAAGAGAUUCAUGUUUUGAAACGAAGUUUAUUGGCCCAGAUUGGCGUAGCUGAGUAUUCAAGUAUGGCAAAAUGGCAGAAUCCGUGUCCUACAAUGAUGCUCCCUGAUUGUUAUUGCAAAGAGUGCCAAGAAAGUCGGGAUGUCAAUGUUUGUUACAUACCCCCUGUUGAAGAAGACGAAGAAACACAAAUCCACUGGUUCUGCGAGAAUUGUGGGGCAGAGUACGACGUUGACGCAAUAGAGCGUCGCUUGAUUGACCAAGCUCACAAAAAGAUGCUCCGAUAUCAACUUCAAGACUUACGAUGUACAAAAACCAAUCGUGUCUCUACGCAUCUGCUCGCAAAGGUUUCGCAAUGCUCAGCUGAUUGGAAAUUGGAUAUUUCUCCAGAACAGGGGAGAUCCGAAAUCAAUCUCUUAUUUCGAUUGGCGAAGUACCACCAACUUGAAAAACUCGAAACGACGACAAGAGGGAUUCUGCAAUCGUUUCGCUGAAAGAACUUCUUGGUCAGCAGUUGUGGGCGUCAAUUCUAGUAGAGGACGAUUUUGAUGAUAAAUAUGGUUUGACUCAUAAAAUAAAUCAAGCGCAGUAGUACGUGCUACUCAAAAUUGUUAUCGACAGGCAUAACGUGCUGGCUUAACUUGAGAUGUUUCUGAGAAAGGCUAGCGUAUCCAUGUACUCUUGGUCCUGUCGAUCCAAAACAUCCUCGUUUUCUUCGCUAGAUAAAUCGCUCAUGCGUUG